ACGGCAGAGCUGGGGGGAGCCCAGGGCUGGGCUGGCAGCGCCCCCUCAUGCCCCUCCCCCCUGCAGUGUACCACUGGGUGGAGAUGCGAACCAAGAUGCGGAUCAUGGGCUUCCAUGGCGCCACCAUCAAGCCCCUGAAUGAGGAGGCGGCGGCGGAGCUGGGCGCGGAGCUGCUGGGCGAAGCCAUCGUCUUCGGCGUGGGCGGCCUGUGCAUCUUCCUGGAGUACACGCGCCAGGCCUCCAACACCAGGAGGAAGGAGGAGGAGCAGAGCAGCACCCUGCUGGGCCUGCAGGAGCAGGUGGCCGAGCUGGGCCUGGCCGUGGAGACCCUGGACGCGCAGCUGCGCGAGGUGAACCGCCUGCUGCUGGACCUCUCCACCAGUGCCAAGAAAUAGGGCCCCCCCAAGGCGGGUUGCCAAGGAGGAGCCUGGCGCGCCUGGACCCUGCCCCCCGGUGCUGGGGUGAGGAGCUGGCUGGGGCCGGGCGGAGCCUGCACUGGGCCAAGCGACUGAGACACGCCCCCGUGUGGGCUCGGAGGUCCAGGCUCACGACCCCCCUCGGCUCCGGCGGAGUUUUCUACAGUGUAAAUAUUCAUCCAUUAAAACUCACCUGCUGCUGA